AUGGGUUUAAUUUCUUACGUUGUUGUUGUUACUGUUGGAAGCGUUGCCAAUGUUGUCGGAGCUCUCGUUCUUCUUCCACUCUUGGGAUUUGGUGCCGCCGGAGUUGUUGCGGGAUCGCUUGCGGCGGGUGCCCAGAGCUAUAUUGGUUACGUGUCUGCCGG